UGACGAUAACAAACAAACGAUGACAUUCGGUAGCGAACCAAGCUGCUUUUCCAACCGCAAUACAACUAGAUUAGAAUAAACAAGAGAAGAAGUAAAGAAACAUAAGGCUCUUCUUUGAACAUCCCAGUGUUUUAUACCGAUAUGGUGACCUGGAAUGAAGCGAGAGAAGAGCAGAUGAUCAGCAUGAUACAGGAGAGGCCAGCUCUGUACGACAUCACAGAAAACGUGUAUGCCAACCGAACGCUAAGAGCACAACUCUGGCACGAGAUCGAGAACAAGCUUGUCGUGUCAGAGAAAGAGCUCAGGAGGAGGUGGGAAUCUCUGCGAACGCAGUACACACGAUACAAGAAACUUCCCUUGGGAAGAGUGGGAGCACCGAAGACUGGCAGACAGCAAUGGAUCCUGAGCCGCCUUCAGUUUCUGGAGCCCCACACAAAAAGAAAAGACACCACCUCCAUCCUAAAUGUCGUGGAACCUUUGGAUGCUGAUGAUUCCUCUUCGCUCUCCACUGGCACCCACGAGGACCCCAUCUUCUUUGAGUCUGAGCCAAAGCCCAACAUUCCCCUAUUAGAAUACACCAUCUGCGAAGAAGAAUCCCCAGCGAUUAAAGAGGAGCCUUCGACAUACACAUUCACCCAGUCAAGCCCUACGAGGCCCCGGGCGAAGCGCAGCAGGAAGGUGGCGAAUAAGUCAGUAAGUGUCAACUCGACAAAGUUGUUGCGCACCAUUGGUAAAACCCUGGAAAGUUACGCUUCUCAGGAACACCGCGACGACGAGAUCUCGACCUACUGCAAAAGCAUGGAGCACAGAAUGCGAACGCUACCCCCACAUUUACUGCCACAUUUCAUGCAUGACGUGGACAACAGCAUCUUUAAGUAUCAAGUUCUGUUUUCCAGGACAUCCUGCAGAGAGAAUUUUACAAACACUGUGCCAUCUGAAAUUCACCCACUGCAUCCAACAUCUACUAACGGAAAUCUGUAACUACUGUAAAGUCUUGUGGUUAUAGAAUAUUGAUCCAGUUUCUGGUUAUCUAUUCUUUCCCAUUCAUCCAGGAAGUUCCAGUAUGCAUGGAAUCCAAUGCCCACUUGCUGCCACACUUCCAAGCACUCAAUUUCUUGUCAGACCCUUUAUAACUUGUAUUAAGCAUUUUACACAACUGCGACUGCUGCUGACUUCCGGUCUGUGACUGGUGUCUAAAAAUAUAUCUAUUUAAUUUUAUUUAUGCUGACAUAAAUUUAUAUUACUGUUUUAUUGUGUAAUAAUAAAUAAAUUGUUGAAUUUUGUUGUAUAUCUAAAUAAACAAUUUGUAAAAUGGGUCCUUUAGUUUUGUCGCAUUUAAAGAAGCCGUAUGGUACACUGCGGUUGAGCUCGGUAUCGCAGUCUAAAUUCAAAAUUGGAGAGACUAGUUUAGCCACAUAAAUGUUCUUCUCGGUUUUCUUGCUUAUUAUCAGAAAUAAUCUACAGGCACUCUUUUGUUUGUGGAGGUGUACCGGUAGUUAUGGACAGUCCACUAACACGCGCAUGCGCAGUAACGUUUAUGUUGUCACUUUGAAAUGAUGAUAGUGAAAUGAUCACAUGGUCUCCCUACGGAGAUAACAUCCUGGAAGUGUUUUUUUUUCUAUGGAUGAUUUGUCUGAUAAGUUCCUCCCUAGUGAUAUAGGAAAAACGAAAUGUCUUCAUGCUAAGGGAAGAUUUUAAAUAAAGUUUUUAUAAAAAACA